UCACCUUUGUUUCUGUAUGUUGCAUACACUGCCCCUCAUUCGCCCCUAGAACCAGAUGAAUCUAUUGUUGCUAAGAGAAACAACCACAUCAUUGAUGUGGAGAGAAGGCGCUAUGCUGCCAUGGUAACACAGAUGGAUAAUGGAUUCGGAGAGAUCCUUUCUGCACUUGAGGAAAGAAGUAUGAAGGAGAACACAGUGAUAAUAUUUAUAAGUGAUCACGGUGCAGCACUAGUUAAAUCCUGUUGGGACUAUGUUGGUGGGAGUAAUAAACCAUAUCGUGAUGGUAAAUUUACAUUCUUUGAAGGUGGAAUAAAGAGUGCUGCGUUCAUCUGGGCACCGUGGCUUAAUGAUGGUGUAAAGGGUACUCACAGCAAAGCUCUUGCUCAUGUUGUUGAUAUCCAUUCCCUGGUCUUAUCCUUGGCAGGAAUGACAGAAACUAUCUCGGGCAUGUUUCAAAUUACUGAAGGAGGAUUCAAAAAAGAUGGUGGAAACUCCUUGCUCAGAUCUCUUCAUGGUGAUCAUUCUGGCAGAGAUACAAUCCUGCACAAUCUGGUUGUCAACAAACUACCAGAAGAUAAGCUUGUAAAGUACUGCAGUCCAACCACGGCACAGCCUGCCCAAUAUGGUGUUAUCAGACAUCACAACUACAAACUGUUUUAUGGUGAUUUACAAAGUUGGUGUCACUCUCACCUCCUGACAGAACCCUGUCCUGACCUGGUGUUUGUGAGUGGGAGGGCUGCAAUGUUGUUUGACUUAGAGAUAGAUCCGUAUGAGAGGGUGAAUAUAGCAGCAAGUAAUAUUGAUGUAGUGGAGAAGUUAGCUGCUAUGAUAUUGAAAUAUUCUAAAGAUGCCCCCUCUCAGUGGGUCGUAUAGGUGUUCCACUAGAUGAUAUCAGCACACUAAAGCAACAGAGGAGAUAACAACCAAACAAGAGAGGAGAUAAGAAUGGUGUGUUGGUUAAUAUUGCUGGUAAUAAUGAAUGUAGCAGUAAUGGAACCACAAGAGGAAUACUGUAGGAUAACAGCACCUAAUAUACUACUAGUUAUAGCUGAUGAUUUGGGAUGGGCUGAUAUUGGCUUCAGCCACAAGCCUGAUGGGUUUGUGUCUGACAAAGGAAUACCCGAAACUCCACACUUGGAUAGAACUGCUGAAGAAGGUUUAGUUCUAGACAAUCUGUAUACUCAAGCAGCAUGUACUCCAACAAGGGGAUCAUUAAUGACAGGAAAAUAUGCUUUUAGGCUCGGACAACUGUUUACUUCUUCUGUCAUGGGACCGCAAGAGAAGGAGAGCUCUUCUCACAAGUUUCUAUCCAAGGAGCUUGCCGAAAGAGGGUACAAAGUACACGGGGUUGGUAAAUGGCACCUGGGACACAGGGAAAAGAGAUAUCGUCCCACUGAAAGAGGAUUUGAUAGUUUCUACGGUCUGUACAAAGGAAUGGGGACUCACUACACUCACCACCACGUCUCCCACCCCUGGCUAGGUGAAACGUGGGGACGGCACUUUGGAGAUCAUGAUUUUCAUUAU